AUGAGAAGGGUAAGCGCUAACAAGGGCUCUGAUGUCGGCAGAGUGUGCUGCAUUUGUAAUUGGAUUAUACUCUAAUCACAUUAAUAAGUGUGCAUAAUAAGCGCCAUUGCUAGCCCACAUUAGAUGGAGAGAAACAAUGUCGUUUUUCUCCUUUUAAGUCAUUGUCUUCUAUCAUGAAGGCACUGAAUGAUCAUUCUGGGCACAUACAGUGCAUUCGGAAAGUAUUCAGACCCCUUGACUUUUUCCACAUUUUGCUACUUUACAGCCUUAUUCUCAAAUGGAUUAAAUCGUUUUUUUCCCUCAUCAAUCUACACACAAUACCCCAUAAUGACAAAGCAAAAAUAAAAGAUGGAAAUAUCACAUUUACAUAAGUAUUCAGACCCGUUACUCAGUACUUUGUUGAAUCAACUUUGGCAGCAAUUACAGCCUUGUGUCUUCUUGGGUAUGAUGCUACAAGCUUGGCACACCUGUAUUUGGGGAGUUUCUCCCAUUCUUCUCUGCAGAUCCUCUCAAGCUCUGUCAGGUUGGAUGGGGAGCAUCGCUGCACAGCUAUUUUCAGGUCUCUCCAGAGAUGCUCGAUCGGGUUCAAGUCCAGGCUCUGGCUGGGCCACUCAAGGACAUUCAGAGACUUGUCCCGAAGCCACUCCUGCGUUGUGUUGGCUGUGUGCUUAGGGUCAUUUUCCUGUUGGAAGGUGAACUUUCACCCCAGUCUGAGGUCCUGAGCGCUCUGGAGUAGGUUUUCAUCAAGGAUCUCUCUGUACUUUGCUCCGUUCAUCUUUCCUUCAAUCCUGACUAGUCUCCCAGUCCCUGCCACUGAAAAACAUCCCCACAGCAUGAUGCUGUCAACACCAUGCUUCACCAUAGGGAUGGUGGCAGGUUUCCUCCAGAUGUGACGCUUGGCAUUCAGGCCAAAGAGUUCAAUCUUGGUUUCAUCAGACCAGAUAAUCUUGUUUCUCAUGGUCUGAGUCCUUUAGGUUCCUUUUGGCAAACUCCAAGCGGGCUGUCAUGUUUACUGUCAUGUUUACUGAAGGCCUGAUUGGUGGAGUGCUGCAGAGAUGGUUGUCCUUCUGGAAGGUUCUCCCAUCUCCACAGAGGAACUCUGAAGCUCUGCCAGAGUGACCAUCGGGUUCUUGGUCACCUCCCUGACCAAGGUCCUUGUCCCCCGAAUGCUCAGUUUGGCCGGGCGGCCAGCUCUAGGAAGAGUCUUGGUGGUUCCAAACUUCUUUCAUUUAAGAAUGAUGGAGGCCACUGCGUUCUUGUGGACCUUGAAUGCUGCAGAAUUGUUUUGGUACCCUUCCCUAGAUCUGUGCCUCGACACAAUCCUGUCUCAGAGCUCUGUGGACAAUUCCUUCGACCUCAUGGCUUGGUUUUUGCUCUGACAUGCACUGUCAACUGUGGGACCUUAUAUAGACAGGUGUGUUCCUUUCCAAAUCAUGUCCAAUCAAUUGAAUUCACCACAGGUUGUAGAAACAACUCAAGGAUGAUCAAUGGAAACAGGAUGCACCUGAGCUCAAUUUCGAGUCUCAUAGCAAAGGGUCUGAAUACUUAUGUAAAUAAUAAUAAGCUAUUUAAGUAUUUUUUUUAAAUAUACAUUUGCUAAAAUGUCUAAAAACCAGUUUUCGCUUUGUCCUUAUGGGGUAUUGUGUGUAGAUUGUUGAGGACAAUUUUUUAUUUGAUCAAUUUUAGAAUAAGGCUUUAACGUGAUGGGGUGGCAGGUAGCUUAGUGGGUAAGAGCGUUGUGCCAGCAACCGAAAGGUCGCUGGUUCUAAUCCCCGAGCGGACUAGGUGAAAAAUCUGUCGUGGUGCCCUUAAGCAAGGCACUUAACCCUAAUUGCUCUGGAUAAGAGCGUCUGCUAAAUGACUAAAAUGUAAAUGUUAACAUAACAAAAUGUGGAAAAAGUCAAGGGCUCUGAAUACUUUCCGAAUGCACAUUAUAUGCAUAAACAAAACCAAUUGAUUCUUGGCAGAGCUCUAUGUGUUGACUGAAUUGGAAUGUCAAGCCAGCUUCUUACUGUAACCUUGAUGAAGACUAUGGUAUGUGUGAUGAGUUACGCAUCUUAAUGCUGGGCCUGGUUGAUCCUAGGAUAUGGGGAGCAUUAGCUGGGUGCUUGGGCUGUGUAACCGGUACUGUACAGUCAUGGUCAAACGUUUUAAGAAUGACACAAAUACUAAUUUUCACAAAGUCUGCUGCCUCAGUUUUGAUGAUGGCAAUUUGCAUAUACUCCAGAAUGUCAUGAAGAGUGAUCAGAUGAAUUGCAAUUAAUUGCAAAGUCCAUCUUUGCCAUGAAAAUGAAAUUAAUCCCCCAAAAAACAUUUCCACUGCAUUUCAGCCCUGCCUCAAAAGGACUAGCUGCCAUCAUGUCAGUGAUUAUCUCGUUAACACAGGUGAGAGUGUUGACGAGGACAAGGCUGGAGAUCACUCUGUCAUGCUGAUUGAGUUAGAAUAACAGACUGGAAGCUUUAAAAGGAGGGUGGUGCUUGAAAUCAUUGUUCUUCCUCUGUUAACCAUGGUUACCUGCAAGGAAACACGUGCCAUCAUCAUUGCUUUGCACAAAAAGGGCUUCACAGGCAAGGAUAUUGCUGCUAGUAAGAUUGUACCUAAAUCAACCAUUUAUCGGAUCAUCAAGAACUUCAAGGAGAGAUGUUAAAUUGUUGUGAAGAAGGCGUCAGGGCGCCCAAGAAAGUCCAGCAAGCGCCAGGACCGUCUCCUAAAGUUGAUUCAGCUGCGGGAUCGGGGCACCAGUGCAGAGCUUGCUCAGGAAUGGCAGCAGGCAGGUUUGGGUGCAUCUGCACGCACAGUGAGGCGAAGACUUUUGGAGGAUGGCCUGGUGUCAAGAAGGGCAGGAAAGAAGCCACUUCUCUCCAGGAAAAACAUCAGGGAUAGACUGAUAUUCUGCAAAAGGUACAGGGAUUGGACUGCUGAGGAUUGGGGUAAAGUCAUUUUCUCUGAUGAAUCCCCUUUUUGAUUGUUUGGGGCAUCCGGAAAACACCUUGUCCGGAGAAGACAAGGUGAGCGCUACCAUCAGUCCUGUGUCAUGCCAACAGUAAACCAUCCUGAGACCAUUCAUGUGUGGGGUUGCCUCUCAGCCAAGGGAGUGGGCUCACUCACAAUUUUGCCUAAGAACACAGCCAUGAAUAAAGAAUGGUACCAACACAUCCUCAGAGAGCAACUUCUCCCAACCAUCCAAGAACAGUUUGGUGACGACCAAUGCCUUUUCCAGCAUGAUGGAGCACCUUGCCAUAAGGCAAAAGUGAUAACUAAGUGGCUCGGGGAACAAAACAUCGACAAACUCCCCAGACCUUAAUCCCAUUGAGAACUUGUGGUCGAUCCUCAAGAGGCGGGUGGACAAACAAAAACACACAAAAUCUGACAAACUCCAAGCAUUGAUUAUGCAAGAAUGGGCUGUCAUCAGUCAGGAUGUGUCCCAGAAGUUAAUUGACAGCAUGCCAGGGCGGAUUGCAGAGGUCUUGAAAAAGAAGGGUCAACACUGCAAAUAUUGACUCUUUGCAUAAACUUAAUGUAAUUGUCAAUAAAAGCCUUUGACACUUAUGGAAUACUUGUAAUUAUACUUCAGUAUACCAUAGUAACAUCUGACAAAAAUAUCUCAUAACACUGAAGCAGCGAACGUUGUGAAGACCACGACUGUACAUGAACCUGUGGUGACUUUGAUUAUGUGGAUCUCAGAAUCUGUCACUGUUGUGGGCUCGAUUCCUGUUCACUUAUGUCACAGCUGGCUCCCUUAGGUUAUAGUACUGCACACACACACACACACACACACACACACACGCCAUUGCCCACUCACCAUUCAUACCCUCUUGAGUAUGCCACUCAUUUCCAUAAAAUAUGUUCUGUUUUUUGCACGUUCCCCGACAUAGAUGCCUUCCAGACCCCCUAUAGACCCUCCAAUCCAACCCAGUUUGGUCACAGCUGACUCCCUAAGGCUAUUCUUUGUUAUUAGGACUGGGCAAAACAACAGACACAUCCUUUGCUAUCAACACCCACUGCCACUUUGGAGAAUGACACUUCUUUUCAUAAAAGGCAUCUUGAUUAUUGACCGCCCACCAUGUCGCCGUGGCAACAGCUAGCUGGGGGGGGGACCGUGCAUUAGAUUAGUCACCCCACCAAACACACACAGACAUGUGCACGCACGUUUACACACCACACACACACACACACACACACACACACACACACUAGCAUCAGGACUGGUGAUGGCUCAUGGUGAGAGGGGCUGUUGUCCAAGGAGCUGAUUAUUUUCUCAUGGUUACAUUAGUCUUGUUGGUGCCAGGACAGAAAUCAUUAACACUGGCAGGGCCAUACCAGACGUCCAAACAAUCAGAUAUGAUAACCCACUGCAUCAGGAAGCAUGGAAAAAUAGUGGCUCUGUGUAGUUUGAUGGCUGUGAGGAUCCCAUGGUGCAAUGAGUUUGAACAUGGCACUGGUAACAGUGUUAAUAAAUAGUGCGUUCCAUUCCUGCAUGAGCUACAGUACACAUUCCGCAUUGAAGUGUUUACUGAAAGCAGCUUUGGAUGAAAGCGUCAGAUUAUUAAUGGGAUCAUUUUUUUAAAACCAUCAUUCAGGUCAAGUGUGGGGAACAGUGUGUGCACACCAGCCCAGCUUUAGCACACCUGAUUCAACUGAUCAUGUUGUAAAAUGGAAGACAACACUUAGUUGAUUAUUUGAAUUAGUGAUGGGCUUGUGUAAUGUUUUAUUCCUGCCGGUCUUCCGGUUUGCUCUUCUCCCUGGUUACUGUCAUUGAUUCGCCAAUCACUCACUUUCCCAUGUCUAAAUUAUUACUAAUUGACCAAAAGACCAAGACGGUACUUGUCACCAUGUUCAUAUCGUUGAUGGUUCACAUGUAUUUUAGUUAUAUAAAAAUUAAUUAAUAAAUAUAAAAAUAUAAUUUUCCUGGGAUGAGGUGGAAUAUAGUGUUGAUCUAAAAAAGGGUAAAUUGUAAUGUUUCUCAUUGAUUGUACCAAUUGAUUGACUCAAUGAAAACAAUGGUUCACAAAAAAACAAAAACAAAUCAUUUUCCAACCAAAAGUAAAAAGGUGGAAGUGAAUAUGGAGAGACUUGUUAGAUGUACCGUUUUGUGAAAGGUCUACACAAAAACAAUGUUUUUUUCCCAGCUGUUCUCAGUGCCGCUUAGUUUUAAUAAGAUAACUGUAUCUUGGAUAAAAUGCAUCGUUUUUUAAAGAAACACACACACCGUGCUAGUUAUUUUCAGUUCCUGACUGAAACUAGACGUUACAAGGGAAUAAGGCUACAACAGUUCCCUUAUUGUCACUGAAGCAGAACAACUUCAUUUUAAUGUUGGAACGUGUUAAACCUGAAUUAUUUACAUUCCCAGCAGCAGUUGCAUCCUUGUUCCUGGUGUCAGACUGAGUGGUGUGAAGAUCCCCCUAGAUACUGAUCUUGGGUCAGUUUUACAUUUCCCCUACUAAUGGUUAAGGUAAGGUUUGGGGGAGGGGAAGCUGAUCCUAGACCUGUACUUAGGGGAAACUUCACCCCGGAGCAUGUCAGACAUUAUGCUCCAACUCACACUCUCAUCUUCUCUAUAAAAAGAAUGCUAAUCUGAAUGAACAUUUUUCUUGCCACGAGUAGAGCAGUGAAGACUGUAGCAGAGAUUCAGUCGAAAAAGAUUAAGUAAAGUAUACAUCAUUUAGACACACAAGGUUCAUUUUAGGACACAGCAAAAAUAAAGGGUGUGGUUGGGCUUUGAACUGGCUGCCCCCCAUGGCUCCCCCUGCUGUAAUGGAGGAUGUUUCCAAAAUGUUAGGUAAACGUUAGGUAAAUGUUAGGUAACGUUCUUGUUAGACUUUUUAUUAAUUUAACCUUUAUUUAACUAGGCAAGUCAGUUAAGAAUAAAUUCUUAUUUACAAUGACGGCCUACCAAGAGCACAAUCUAAUGAUACUGUGACAUCACGCAGCUGACAUUCUCUGAACUAAACUUUCCCAUAACCUUUUGCAAACAUUCUUGCAACACAUUGACAAUUUGCUGAGAGCAUUUUGUAGGUGCAAGAGCAGAAUCAGGCCCUGUAGCAUUCAGUGGCAAAUGAGAAAUGAAAAUCUCCCGAGUGGCGCAGUGGUCUAAGGCACUGCAUCACAGUGCUAGCUGUGCCACUAGAGAUCCUGGUUCGAAUCCAGGCUCUGUCGUGACCGGGAGGCCACGGGGCGGCGCACAAUUGGCCAAGUGUCGUCCAGGGUAGGGGAGGGAAUGGCCGGCAGGGAUGUAGCUCAGUUGGUAGAGCAUGGCGUUUGCAACACCAGGGUUGUGGGUUCGAUUCCCACGGGGGGCCAGUAUAAAAAAAAAUGUAUGCACUCACUAACUGUAAGUUGCUCUGGAUAAGAGCGUCUGCUAAAUGACUUAAAUGUAAAAUACACAAGUGUACGUAGGCUGCGUUUACACAGGCAGCCCAAUUCUGAUCUUUUGCCACUAAUUGGUCUUUUGACCAAUCAGAUCAGAUAUUUUUCCAACAGUUGGGCAAAAGAACUGGGCUGCCUAUGUAAACGCAGCCUUAAUGACUGUCACAAAAAGUCCCAAUUCCAAACCAAUCAUUCAUUACUUGCCCCAGGUCCUUAUUACCCUGGUCCCAGAUCUGUUUGUGCUGUCUUGCCAACUCCUAUGAUGAGACUCACAGAUAAAAACGGAAUUGGUUAGGAAUCAGGAGUAUGGUACUAGAUACCGUUUUUUAGGGGGGGGGGGGGGGGGGGGUCAAAAAGGAGCGUGGCGGGGCAUGGCAGGGGGCGUGGAAGGGGGGGCAAUGAGCGUGGUCGGCUGUCUGCGCGGCUACAUUUAGAAAGAAAUGUAGAAGCCCCAAUCUUGGCACUGUAUUUUUAGAAAUGUUAAGCCAAUUUCCUGUAAUUCUACACAUUUCUCCAUGGAGCUGAGAUUAUUAUUAAUUUUAAUUUCUUGUAAUUCUACACAUUUUGCCAUGAAGCUGAAAGAAAAUGUUACAGAUUUAAAGCUAAUUUCCUGCGAUUCUCAUAUUCUACCAUGGAGCUGAGAGAAAAUGUUGCAGUUUUAAAGCUAGUUUACUGCAAUUUUAUGCAUUUAGCCAUGGAUAAGGCCGUGUUCUUUUGCUCAAACAUAAUAACAAAAUGAAUACUGCUAAAUUCAUUGUUUUUGGAAUUUUCUAUUCUCCCUGACUGUCUAGCUUUUAUUUAGGUGAUUGUUAGUUCUCAAAGAUUAUAUAUAGGUCCAUUAUCUUAUCUACAUGCUUUAUAUCUGGUUUUAGUGGUUUAAAUCACUUAAAGUGUUUUUCUAUCCCUAAAAUGAAUUUAUGCUAUCCGAAAAAACGCUUAGAAAAAUCCCUGCCAAUAUUGUCCACACCAAUUCAGCCCUCGGGACUAGUUGUAGGGAUGUUUGGUUUGGAACGGGGCCAUACUGAGAACAUGUCCUUUCUUUUUGUUUUGGCUUGGCUGUAGGCGAGGCUUACUGACGGAAUGACAGAAGUGAUGAACACCUGUGAUUCGAAGGUGGGAGACUUCACCGUUGGAGGCGCCCCAGCAGACGAGGGUAUAUCCUUUCAGGUGGGACUAAUUCAAACGGACACAAAAAACUAAAACAAACAAAGUAACACACACUCACUUUCACCAAACACACACACUCACAAACAACACUACAGCACAACAUAAGAAUCGUUUACAUGCACAAACAAAUGAUGAGCAACACGUGCACACACACACAGAGAAACUAGACACACACACUCUCUCCAUGGCACUCUCUCAGAUCUCUCUCUUCUCCUCUCUCCUUCCCUGUAGACCCAUGACAGGUGCAAAUGUCCCUCCAUUGCUCUAAACUGACAGCAGGGCUAUUUCUGACUGCACCUCAAUCACAGCCUUCCCCUCCUUUUCAUCCCCUCUCAUCCUCCUUAAAAAAGCCCAUCUGAUUUCUGCUAACUUUUUACAGUGAAGACCCAGUCACUUCAAAGACCCAGUGACUUCAAAGACCCAGUGACUUCAAAGACCCAGUGACUUCAAAGACCCAAUGACUUCAAAGACCCAAUGACUUCAAAGACCCAGUGACUUCAAAGACCCAAUGACUUCAAAGACCAAGUGGCUUCAAAUACCAAGUGGCUUCAAAUACCCAUUGGCUUCAAAGACCCAAUAACUUAAAAGACCCAUUGACUUCAAAUACCCAUUAACUUCAAAGACCCAGUGACAUCAAAUACUCAGUUACUUCAAAUACCCAUUGAGUUCAGAGACCCGGUGACUUCAAUGACCCAGUGACUAACGACCCAGUGACUUCAAAGACCCAUUGACUUCAAAGACCCAGUGACUUCAAAGACCCAUUGACUUCAAAGACCCAGUGACUUCAGGGCCCUCCAAGGAACUCGCUGCUCUCUUGUGACUCCAAAGUCAAGUAAAUGUGGAUCAUUACUUGUAGAAGAACAUGAUGCAUGUUGGGCCUUUAUGGACCUGGCUCAAUAGAGGCCUUGUCUAAAGCCAGUGAAAGCUCUCAAGUAAGAGAUGGCAGCCAAUCCAGUGGCAAGCUGUUACUUUCUUAGCCAACCGGCUUGCCCCCAUACAGAUGCAGGUGUCCCUCGCUGACCCCCCUCUUCCUCCUUCAGUGCAGUGGUGUUAUGGAAGUAAUCGCACCCAACACAGUGGUGUUUUGGAAGUGAUUGUGUCCCACACAGUGGUGUUAUGGAAGUAAUCGCAUCCCACACAGUGGUGUUAUGGAAGUAAUCGCGUCCCACACAGUGGUGUUAUGGAAGUAAUCGCACCCCACACAGUGGUGUUAUGGAAGUAAUCGCACCCCACACAGUGGUGUUAUGGAAGUAAUCGCACCCCACACAGUGGUGUUAUGGAAGUAAUCGCACCCCACACAGUGGUGUUAUGGAAGUAAUCGCACCCCACACAGUGGUGUUAUGGAAGUAAUCGCACCCCACACAGUGGUGUUAUGGAAGUAAUCGCACCCCACACAGUGGUGUUAUGGAAGUAAUCACAUCCCACACAGUGGUGUUAUGGAAGUAAUCGCACCCCACACAGUGGUGUUAUGGAAGUAAUCGCACCCCACACAGUGGUGUUAUGGAAGUAAUCGCACCCCACACAGUGGUGUUAUGGAAGUAAUCGCACCCCACACAGUGGUGUUAUGGAAGUAAUCGCACCCCACACAGUGGUGUUAUGGAAGUAAUCGCACCCCACACAGUGGUGUUAUGGAAGUAAUCGCACCCCACACAGUGGUGUUAUGGAAGUAAUCGCACCCCACACAGUGGUGUUAUGGAAGUAAUCGCACCCCACACAGUGGUGUUAUGGAAGUAAUCGCACCCCACACAGUGGUGUUAUGGAAGUAAUCACAUCCCACACAGUGGUGUUAUGGAAGUAAUCGCACCCCACACAGUGGUGUUAUGGAAGUAAUCGCGUCCCACACAGUGGUGUUAUGGAAGUAAUCGCGUCCCACACAGUGGUGUUAUGGAAGUAAUCGCACCCCACACAGUGGUGUUAUGGAAGUAAUCGCACCCCACACAGUGGUGUUAUGGAAGUAAUCGCACCCCACACAGUGGUGUUAUGGAAGUAAUCGCACCCCACACAGUGUUGUUAUGGAAGUAAUCGCACCCCACACAGUGGUGUUAUGGAAGUAAUCGCACCCCACACAGUGGUGUUAUGGAAGUAAUCGCAUCCCACACAGUGGUGUUAUGGAAGUAAUCACAUCCCACACAGUGGUGUUAUGGAAGUAAUCGCACCCCACACAGUGGUGUUAUGGAAGUAAUCACAUCCCACACAGUGGUGUUAUGGAAGUAAUCGCACCCCACACAGUGGUGUUAUGGAAGUAAUCGCAUCCCACACAGUGGUGUUAUGGAAGUAAUCGCACCCCACACAGUGGUGUUAUGGAAGUAAUCGCACCCCACACAGUGUUGUUAUGGAAGUAAUCACAUCCCACACAGUGGUGUUAUGGAAGUAAUCGCACCCCUCACAGUGGUGUUAUGGAAGUAAUCACAUCCCACACAGUGGUGUUAUGGAAGUAAUCGCACCCCACACAGUGGUGUUAUGGAAGUAAUCGCACCCCACACAGUGGUGUUAUGGAAGUAAUCGCACCCCACACAGUGGUGUUAUGGAAGUAAUCGCACCCCACACAGUGGUGUUAUGGGAGUAAUCCUCCUUCAGUGCAGUGGUGUUAUGGAAGUAAUCACAGUGGUGCUAUGGAAGUUAUCACAGUGGUGCUAUGGAAGUAAUCAUAGUGGUGCAAUAGAAGUAAUCGCGCCCUGCACAAAGUGAGUCACACAUCCUCUCGUCGGCUCGAGCUCUUCAGAGGUCCGAGAUUUUGCGAUAGAAGUCACACUUGCGGCAUGCAGCGAAUGCAAAGCGCCUCGUUAACCCUGCAUCCAUUUCAAAGCCUUAAAUGCAGUUUUUGACUAGCGGGAAUGUCAUUCAGGGAGGGAGGAAGUGGAAAACAUAUAUUUCUGUCUUCAAAUGUCUGUUUCCCAUUCAAGUCACUAGCCAAAACUCCUUACCUCUCUCACUGAGCAUCAUCUUGUGGUCAUGAUUAGUCAUGCUGUGUUGUUCUGGAAUGUGUUUUGAAAACACAAAACUGACCAUAUAAUCUAGGGUUAACCUGAUCCUACUCCAUCAAUGUCUCAGAUGUUACCAGCAGGAUUGGCGUUAGCAGCAAUUCACUGUUCAAUUCAGUUCAAUUCACCCCAACCCUUACCCUGGUUACCAAAUUUUCCACUCUUUCUUUGGUGACCCCGACGUGAUUGUUUUUUCAGAUCUUUCCGGACUCCCACGAGAGGUUCCCUAAGCUGUCCAAGCGGCUUCCGUCCAUCGUGGUGGAGCCCACCGAGAGUGGGGAGGUGGAGAGUGGCGAGCUCCGCUGGCCCCCUGAUGACCUCACUUCCCCUGAUGACGACCCCGGAGAGGCCCAGGCCCAGGCAGUAGGUGAGAACCACUAAAACCCAUUUACAGCCAAGACAUAAGAAAACCAGGAGGGAUCUCCAGGAGACAAUAGAAUAGAAUCAGUUUAUUUUUCUGAAGCAAACUUCAGACAAAAGAGAGGAACUGAGGAACUCUUACUUGCUAUGCCUAAUAAAGUUUAGAACAUUUUAAAACUAUUCAAUAGUAUUGAGGUACAGUUGUUUACAUACACUUAGGUUGGAGUCAUUAAAACUUGUUUUUCAACCAAUCCACACAUUUCUUGUUAACAAACUAUAGUUUUGGCAAGUCGGUUAGGACAUCUACUUUGUGCAUGACACAAGUAAUUUUUCCAACAAUUGUUUAAAGACAGAUUAUUUCACUUAUAAUUCACUAUAUCACAAUUCCAGUGGGUCAGAAGUUUACAUACACUAAGUUGACUGUGCCUUUAAACAGCUUGGAAAAUGUCAACUGUAUGUGAUUUGUAAUACCGGUAAAGACUAGGAGCUUGUAGGUUGUAGUCAGGGGUGGAGCCUGUAAGCAAAAUGUAGCUAUCCAAAUGGAAUGUAUUUAAAUAUGUGUGUUGGUGGCAGGCGGGGAUCAUCCAGAAGACGAAGAGCAAGUUGACAGAAUGAUGGGAGGAGUUUAAAACUGACUCUCGUGGUGCUGGCACCAUUCCAGCCAUUCACAGUGAGUGUCUCUAUGAUGGACUGCAGCAAGGAGGAGGGAGGGUCUUCAGGCUAAGCCCUUAAUUAACACAACCGCCAACAUGUUGGUAGACCUCCACACCACUUGGUGGGGCCGAGCCCUGCACGAUUGUCUUAAAUAGCUCUUACGUGGCAAACCUUAGUGGGUAGCUUGCUACUGUAGAUCAAUUGUUGCUUGUUUUACUUUAGGUUUCACAACGCCAUUUGUAUGUACACCCCUUUCAGAGUUUGUUUAUCUGUGAUCUUUAGAUAUAGGAACUAAAGACAUGAACACUACCGUAUAUAAAAUGUUUAAUGUAUCUGACUGUCUUAGACCAAAGUCUAGAACACUGUCCUCUUAUUAAAACUGUAUGGACGCCGUAGAUAUACAGAUUUAUACAGUGAGUUUGGAAGAGGAGAAUUCAUCAUGAGGAAUGUGUCUUUCUUACAUUAUAUUGUAUAGCUGUUGGCUUCUGCUCAAAUGCAUGUUAUUAUCUACAGUCGUGGUCAAAAGUU